GAGAGAUAAAGUUGUAGAAGAGCAAGAAAUGUUGCGGAAAGAAAGUCAACAGCUGUUUUCUUCUAUAAGUCAAUGUCAGCAAAAACUACCAGCAUUUGGAGUGCCAUUGAACCGACAACGUAAUGACCAAAUAAUGGCAUUCUUCAAUCARUAUGUUAAAAGUCGAACUCAAGAGAAUUACAAGUUCUGGGUUCUCUCUGUUAUGUUUAGACAAAUGUUUGAUAGUUAUAAUCAGAAAGUCACUGGUAGCACRUGGGAAGAAUUCUGUACAAGUAUUUUAUCUUGGAUGGAUGAACAGUGUACACUACCUACACUUAGACCAGCUGUGCUAUCAGCUUUAAGGGACAUCAGCCGAACAACUUCAAUAUUAACAGAUCCAAACCGAGUCCCACAAGAAAUUCAACAGCAUGUCUCUACACAUGAGGAUCCUACUAACCUUAGUGAGCCAGCACAGGCCRCACAGGCAUCACAGACUGCUAGAGGCAGAAAUUUCUUUGAUAACACAGGUAGCUAGCCUUGUAAAAAUUGCAUUGACAAACAGGUAGAGAGUCUUGUAAAAAGUGUAUUAUGUUGAUAAGAGAUAGAAAAAAGCUAGAAAAAAGUAGUAUUUAUAUAGGAAUUACAUUUUUGUGUGGCCUUWAGCCCUUGCCAAAAAUGUACCAAAUAUUAAAGGACCCUUGAAUACCUUUUAAGGUCUCAAAUGGCAGGAGUAUACAUUAAAGGGCUGGUUUAUAAAUUGAUUGAAAUAGGACAAAAUAUUACAUUUUAUAUUUCGCUGCAGAGUGGUUACUUAAGUCCCUGUGGUUCUGGGUAGAGUUUUUUUUUUGUAUGUACAGCUACAGAAUCACAGAGAGCUAAUAUGACUAUCUACAUAAAUCAUUGGAAUAGACCAGAUCAGCUAUCACGUUGUCAUGUACCUUAACACCCAAUUCAAAUCUUGUGGAAAAAACUAAGAGCUUUUGUUGAUGUGGAAAAUACAACAAACAAAUGAAACUUAUAGUGAACGCACUUAAUCCGUGCAACUGUACAAACUAAAUAGUGCUUUUUAGUUGUAUUUAGUAAAUCAUGCAUGCGGUACGCAAAUUAAAUUGAAUUGAUGCAAAUGGAGCAUUCAAUACCAUCUUGCUUCAGGUCCACUUUUAGUACAAAUUAAUACUACUUAGAUUUUGUACAGUUGCACGGAUUAAGUGCGUUCACUCUACUCCCAGGUGUUUUGAGCUGGAAACGCAUUAGCUGAUUAGGUCUAUUGAUGCUGUUUCUGCUGUAUUUAUGUGUGCAAGUAUAAAUUGCUUCAUAGUAACCAUUUUAGUACUGCAGUAAAAACCUUCAUAUUAGAACACCCAUUUUUGGAUGAUUUUGUUCUUAUUUAACAAGUGUUUACUGGAAAUCAGUCUUAAAUAAUUAUACUUAACUUAAAUAAUUAUACCAAUGUUUAGAUUGAAUAUAAAAAAUGUUUACUCUUUACUCCGACGAAGGAUUAACAUCCGAAACGUCAGUAAGUUUUUCCACAUACUUUUUUACGGUGUUAAAUUUAUCUUUUCACAUAACUAAAAAAUGUUUAGGAGUUUCACUGCUAUUAAAGCUAAUGCAAUGUGAUUCCAUGUCAAUCCGAUAUUUGUGUUAGACUUGCUACAAGACUUUCUUUUUGUCCAGUCCCCUGAAAGCCAAAAAUUAAAGAGUGAGGCUUACAGCUUUAAAAAAGUCCAUAUUUGUGUCAGACACUGUAGCAGGUAAAAAAAUAUGGUAACAGCACAAUAUUUAUUUUCAAGCAAUAAUUUCUAAAUAUACUAUCAAAUGAGAAUUCCUACCCUGGACCUGUCCUUCAUGUAUCUACUGUACCACUGUAUCCUGAUUUUUUUCCCUUCUCGUUUCAUUAUUUUGUAGUCAUCGAUUGCCCUACUUUGAUAAGGUACUGCUUAUAAUUGUAAUUAUAUAAAUUUAUAAUAAAACUGAAUUGGAUUGAAGUAAUUCUUUUGAGUCCUUUUUCAGGCUCGUAGGAAUAUAUUUAAGGUGAAGUACCCUUACUAUAAGUCUAAAACGUACACAAUAAACGGUAAAUUCAGUGAAAA